GUUAGCCAUUCGUCGGUGUACAUUGUAGGACAUGGUACAGUAUAAGUUUAGUCUGAUGUGAUAUUAUAGAAACAUUUCUGUUUGUCACGUCCCGGUAGAUGUUUAUGGAUUGCCAGAAGUUGAAGUGACUUUGAGCGGACUUACAGGUAACGUUAGAAAAAUGCCUUUGCAUGGAAAAAUUGUCGUGAUAAAGAGGAGUGGAGGAGAUGGGACUGAAUUUCCUCUUACUGGAACAUGCUUGUUUGGAAGGGUGGCCGAGUGCGAUAUUCGUAUUCAGCUUCCUCAUGUAUCCAAGGAGCAUUGCAGGAUUGACUUGAAUGAAAAUAAAGAGGUUGUUUUGACUAAUUUGAGCUCAACGAAUCCUACCCGUGUCAACGGAGAGGCUUUGCAGCAGUCUGAGCGUUUGAAGAACGGAGAUGUGAUAACCAUUAUUGAUCGCUCUUUCAGGUGA